AUGGAGAAGAUUGAGUUGGAGUCAGCUGUCAGCGGUCGAAAAGCCGCUCGAUCAUUGAGAUUGUUUCGAAAAAAUAGUACUAGAAUUGAUGAGACAGCAGCAGUACCCAAUGAACUAUCUUCAUUUGCAUCCACAGAUCAAGAUAAAAAAGCCGUAUUGGUAGAUAGCAAUGAAGAGGUAGAAGCGUUGAGUCUGUUUCUGGGUCUUGAAAUCGAUGAUAACGAAUUGGAACCAGUAUCUUCGGCAACAUAUAUCCCUCAUGGUACAUCUCAUCAUUCUGAAGAUGUAGAAUCAGCAGAUCAACAGGAAGGAAUAAUUGUCCCAGAAACUGAUCGUAACUCUGAUUUACAGGAUAUUCAAUCAUCAUCUCAGUUGAAGAACCAAUCUGUUUCAGAUAAUGAAUUGGAAGCUAUGACAGGAGAAGAACAAACUGAAAGACAUCAUAUGCGAGCUCAUGUUGAAUAUGAUCACACUGGAACUCACAUUACAAAGAUUCAAAAACUGACAAAAAGGACUACAUCAUUUGCUACAAACCUGUCUCUGGAUUUGCAUCUCGAACCAAAUGCCAGAUUUGAGUCUUCUUCUGCAUCAUUAAAGCCUACAUCUGUGGCACCUUCCAUCUCUUCAACGUCAAGUUUUGGCCCACCUGGAGCUAUAACUCCCCGAUCUCGCAACCUGUUCCCACUCACAGUUGAAUUACGACCUUUUAAAAAUAAAGUUGGUGGUCACACAGCCAUUUUCAGCUUCAGCAAAAGAGCAGUUUGUAAAGCUCUUGUUAAUAGAGAGAAUUUGUGGUAUGAGACUAUUGAGAAAAAAGUGGUUGAGUUAUUGAAUUUUAUGCCAAAAUAUAUUGGAGUAUUAAAUGUAAGAUAUUCAUCAAUGAUUGAAGAGAAUGGGACCAAACCAAUCGGAAUGCAUAUUACCAAUAAUAUCAGUUCUUCCCCAACAACACCUCCUCAUAAACUAUUUCGCAGACAACAUUCCAAAUCUAAUUUAAGAGGGAGAGGAAUCAUUGAUGAUGAUGAAGCUUCUCCUGUUGAUAUCAUAGGGCAUAUUGUUAAUCGAGAAGAAGAGAAUAUUUCGGUUGUUUUUGAAGACAAUAAGCAUAUAAUUCCUGAUAAGUUAUGGCGACAAUAUAGUGAUAGCUUCCCAGAUGAGCUUCCAGAUUAUCAUUUGGGAUUCACAAAAGCUCCUGCUGUGGAUGAUAUGGUGUCAAUUGGUUCAACAUCAGUUAAUACCGAUUUACAGGCACAGAUAAUUGAAGAAGUGUUUCAAGAUAAAGAUGAUGGAGAUACCGCCAGUGUGUUAUCAGCAACAACUCCAAUAUUGGUAAAACAUACUAGAUUUGAAAGAUUUAUUCUUCUUGAGGAUCUUACUUCCCUCAUGAAGCAUCCCUGUGUGCUUGAUUUGAAAAUGGGUACAAGGCAAUAUGGCAUUGAAGCUACUACAGCUAAACAAGCCUCCCAAAGAAGGAAAUGUGCUCAAACUACCUCUCGUAAACUUGGGGUACGAGUAUGUGGGAUGCAAUGUUGGGAUGCUGGAACGAAAGAGUUUUUCAUAAGAGACAAAUACUUUGGCCGUGGGUUGAAAAGAGGGUCUCAAUUUGCACGUACUUUGGCCAAAUUUCUCUACGAUGGGCUUAGCGAAUGGAGUAUCAUAGUGCAUAUCCCUGCAUUGGUUCAACAAUUGGAACAACUACAUGCUAUUUUUGCACAGCUUCGUGGAUAUCGAUUAUAUGGUUCACUGGUUUUGUUUAUGUAUGAUGGGAAUGUUUCCGGGUACGAUAUAGAAGAUAGAACCUCAUCGCCCAUCAAGGUAAAGAUUAUUGAUUUUGCACAAAGUGUCACCUACGAAAGUAAUGCUGAUUUUACAAAUAAUAUUAAUGUGACAGUGCCACCUGAACAUCCACAAUUGCCUGAUAUGGGGUAUCUUAAGGGAAUUGAAAGUUUGGUGACAUAUCUUAAGGCAAUAUUCUUGAUAAUCACUAAUACUGAAUAUGAAUCAGUGAAGGGAACAAUUCAUGGAUGGCUUGAAGCUAAUAAGAAGGAAUUUAACAAGAAGAAUGCAUGGCUCGAUGUAUUUCCCGAGGAUUUAAAAGGAGAUGGCAUCGAUCCGUUUGAUAUUUCGUAUCCUCACGAAGAGGAAGAAGAAGAAUAUGGGAUAUCGGAAUAA